AUGCUCACCAACGUAGUCAAGUUCACCGAGAUUGGUUAUGUUCGAGUUCAUGAUGCUUAUACUAUCGACGAAAAGGAUCCUGAUAUGUAUGUGAUCUCCACGCAGGUAGUGGAUACUGGUAUUGGCGUACCUGAAGAUGUCAUAGGCACCCUCCUCACCCCUUUCACGCGAUUCGCGGACACGGCCGGUAUUGGCCUUGGUCUGUCGAUAUGUAAGAGCCUGGCUGGAUUGAUGGACGGAACGGUUGGAUCCUAUGCCAACCCCGACGAUCCUGGUAGUGUGUUCUGGAUGACAGCUAGGAUGGCUCGCCUCACUUCGCUAGUGUCUCCAGUGAAAUCGAAGUUGCAACCGGGUACAAUUAAGGCGUUGGACAGUUCCGCCUCGCUCUAG